CAACUGAUGAUAACAAAUUAAAGUUAUAAAACUUUGUUUUGAUAAGAUUAUUUAAGAAUAAAACGUCAAUCAUUAGUUUAACACAUUCACAAAAGUAAUUUUUACUAUUAAUAUCAAAAAGUAUAAAAAAUAGAUCCCCUAAAAUGGUUCUCGUUUACGCAAAAACUUUAGAUACAACAACUUUAAGUCAUGUCUACAUUGAUAAAACAAGUGUCGAGUCCCAAAUAAAAAAUAUACUUAACAAAUAUCACAUAAAAAAUCGUACGAACUACAAAAAAUGGCUAUUAAAAGCCGUAUCUCUGAUUGAUUUGACCACUCUAUCGGGUGAUGAUACACGGUCAAAUGUUACUAAACUCUGUGUUAAGGCUGCUUAUCCACUUUCCUUAAAAGAUAGUGCUACUCAAACUGCAGCGGUGUGUGUCUAUCCUAAUAGAGUUGCCGAUGCAAAUGAUGCUAUAAAAAAAUUGGGAUUUACAGGGAAAAUUCAAAUUGCAUCAGUUGCAACAGGAUUCCCAUCAGGUUCAUAUCCCUUGCAAACGAGAUUGCUAGAAAUUAAAUUAGCUGUUGCCAAUGGAGCAUCUGAAAUUGAUGUAGUUCUUGAUAGAAGUUUAGUUUUAAUGGGAAAAUGGGAAACUUUAUAUGAUGAGGUGCUUCAAAUGAAGAAGGAAUGUGGCAAUGCCCAUCUGAAAGUCAUCUUGGGUGUUGGAGAACUAGGAACAUAUGAGAACGUGUACAACGCAUCCAUUGUAUCUAUGAUAGCAGGCGCUGACUUUAUAAAAACUUCCACCGGAAAAGAAGCGGUAAAUGCCACACUACCCGUAGGCUUGGUGAUGUGUCGAGCUAUUCGGAACUUUUAUCAAAUGACUGGUACCAAGGUUGGAUUGAAGCCGGCUGGUGGUAUAAAGACGUCCCAGGAUGCAGUCAACUGGCUCAUUUUGAUUUACUCGGAGUUAGGUCCUGAAUGGCUUACACCUAAAUUGUUCCGCAUCGGAGCGUCUAGUCUCCUCGCCGUUUUGGAAAAGGACUUACUACAAUAAAAACUUUGAAAAAAAAAGUCUAUUUUUAGUACCAUUUUUAUAUGUAUUGUUAAAAAAUUUACAAAUUGUUGACUGUGUUAUAAACGACGAUGAUUAUUAAUUGUUAUUAUAAGGAAGGGCUUAAAGAAGAAGAAUCGAAAUUUCUUAAUUCUUUUUAAAGAAGAUUAGUUAUUAAAGAAUUCUGUAAAUAGCUCUUAUGUCUCAUUUACAUCGUCAAUGUACUUCAGGUGAUCAAAAGCGCUUCGUUCAAAAUUAUCCAUCUUUAUAUAAUAUUAGUAAAUACUGCGGUACAUUAAAACACGUCGCUGGCCGCACGAACGUAAGCAGCGUUUCGCGGGAAUUACUUUGGACAGCCCUGAUAUAAGGUAAUAAAGCUAUAUCAAGGUUACAAAAUGUUAA